GUUUUAUAUUUUUAAUUUUCUAUUCCUACGAUUGUUAGUUGCAACACAACCAUGCCAGUACUAGAAUCGAUCGGAGUAGCAGCGCUGGGAUGGGUGGCGUCUCCCCUCGUGAAGAUGCUGCUCGACGAAGGCUUCGCCAGCUUAGGCAUCAACGCGGAUAAGAAGCUGGAAGAGAUGGAGCGAAACGUCCUCCCGGUGCUGAAAUCGGUGAUCGAGAAGGCGGAAGACAGCCCGCACCGGAGGAAGGUGGAGGGCUGGCUGCAGAGGCUGAAAGACGCUUACGACGGCGCGGAGGACGCGCUGGACCUCCUCAACUACGACCGCCUCAAACGCAAGGCUGCGGGGGCAGCAAGGAGCAGUAAGAGGCGAAGUAAUCCGGUACGUUCUUUUUUUCACAUACCAAAACAUGUGAAAUGGGUUAUACCUGUCUUAAAAGGCGGUCGGGAUAUACUGUCGCCUCAAAAGAUCAAGCUGAAGCGAAGCCUGAACAAGCUUGAAAAGAUCGCCGGCGAAGCCGAGAAACUCCGCACUUUGUUAGGCGCCCAGCCCGACCAGACAGCUGCAGUCCCCGACAGGAGUAGAGAGACCACCUCGCUGCCUCCGCCGAAAGUGUUCGGCCGCGACAAAAAUCGUGAAGAAAUCAUUCGGCUUUUGAAAACGGAACCUGCAGCAGGCGCACCUAUACCUAUAAUUGCCAUAGUCGGUCGCCCGGGGGUCGGGAAGACUACUCUCGCACAGUACGUUUUUGACCAGUUGAAGGGCGAAUUAGGUGACAAACAACAUUUUGAUCCCAUCAUGUGGGUCUACGCAUCUCGCAACUUCAGCGCAUCCGAAAUUAUGAAAGAGAUCAUACUACAGGCUUCUACUGCAAGUGAGCCUCAAGAUCUUGGUAACCUUAACUCGCUACAAGCGCUACAACUGAAAAUAAGCGAAAAGAUAAACGCGAAGAAGUUCCUGCUCGUGAUAGAUGAUGUUUGGUGCCACGAAAAUGAUUGGGAUACACUAUUCAUAUGUUUAAGCAAAUGUUGUCUGCCAGGGAGCAAGAUUUUAGUUACGUCUCAAACGGACGAUGCGCCGACAAAGAUUGGUGCUGCUAAUGGUGCUGCUGUAGAGUACAUUUGUCGGUUGGAAGAUUUAGCAGAGAAUGACUUUGUGGAUCUUUUCAUUCACUACGCAUUGCCUAGCGGGAAAUUCGAUUCUCACUUAAGAGAAGAAUUAAAAGAGGAAUGCAAGACAAUCGCUGAGAAGUUGUACAAGGACCCUACGGCGGCCAAGAUGGUUGGCGACACAAUCGCUCCGCAGCUGGCUCGCCGCCUUGGUUCACAAGGUAAUUUACAUGCAUAUUUGAGAAAGAUUGCAGACAAGGACUGGUCCGGUGACAGAACCAAAGCGCUGAUGUGGAGUUAUCAGCAUUUGCCUGCACAUCUUCAGCGUUGCUUCUCAUACUGUAGCCUGUAUCCUAGAGGCCACACGUUUGAAGCUUUAGAACUGGUUCAGCUCUGGAUGGCGCAAGGUUUUAUCAAGCCGGAUGAUCCGAAUGAGAGGGUGGAGGAUGCAGGUGACGGUUACCUAAAUGAGUUGGUGCCCAGAUUCUACAUUCAGCAUUCUACCAUAGUCCACUACUUCUUUGAGUCAGAGAAUCAUGGCUCCUACUAUACUUUGCAUGAAUUGCUGUAUGAUCUAGCAGAAAAGGUUACUCGCAAUUAUUGUGUUAGAAUAGAAGGUAAUCGUCAGAGCGAGAUACCGUCAACUAUUCGCCAUCUGUGCAUACCGGCUAACAAACUGAACGAGAAUAAGGAGGAAAUUUGCAAGCUAGAGAAACUCCGCACCCUAAUCGUCACAGGAGAAAGGAUCAACUCAAAAGGAGAUGUUGCGACCGGCAUCUCCAACAGCUUAAAACAAUUCAGCUUAAAAAAAUUGCGCGUGCUGGUUUUGGGGUUAAAUCUAGAAGAUUCAGAGUUAAAUCUAGAAGAUUCGGAGUUAAAUCUAAAAGAUUCGGAGUUAAAUCUAGAAAAUUUGGCAAAGUUUAUAAGUGAAAUGAAGCACCUUCGCAUCCUACAAGUUUCAAGUACUGGUAAGUGCGUGUUGCCGGAGUCGGUGUCCACUCUGUAUCAGCUACAGGUGUUGGAAGUAAAAAACGCAAGCUCCCUUCCUAAAUUCCUUAAUAACUUGGUUAGCUUGAGGUAUCUACAGCCUUCUGGCAUAGCCGAGAUCGGCAAGUUAACUUCCUUGCAAGGCCUAGAAAAUUUUCUGGUGAAAAGGAAAGAAGGAUAUGAGCUAGAGCAGUUACAGAACUUGAAUGAACUUCGAGGACGCUUGUGCAUUGAUAAUCUCGAGAAUGUUGAGAGCAAGGAUAGCGCCAUUGCAGCCAAUUUGAAAGAAAAGAAGCAUCUUGAUACGCUCCGGUUGGAAUGGCGCAAGCCGCGCUACGGUAAGGAUAAUGUAAAUUCUAAUUUGGAUGCUGAAAUUCUUGCAGGUCUCCAAUUGCCUCCCAAUCUUACCGGCCUUCAUCUAGAUGGGUAUCGAGGACAGUCGUGGCUGUCUUGGCCCGAAAAUCAAACAUCCAACAUUCAAAAACUUGCGCUGAGGAGGUGUCAAAUGCUCCAAGAGCUCCCACCUAUGGACCAGCUUUACCCUUGUUGCAGAUCACUUGAGCUCUUGCAUCUUUAUAGACUUGAAGCAUUACACACCCUUCCUCCGAUACUCGAAAAUUUCACAAUAAUUUGUGCGCCAUUUCUGACCUUCGUAACAAAUGAAGACCUGCAGUUGAGCCAAGAUGACAAGAGAUCCGUAAGAGAGGUCAUGAGGAACAGGACGCAGGAAUGGUUCCGACACCAAUAUAAAGAUGAGUUAGUCUUCAGAGAAGUCAGGAAUUACAUAGAGGGGAGGAUGAAUGGCCGAGAGUGUAGCAACAUUGCGCCUGCCGCCGAUGCGGAUAUUGCUGCUGUGUGGGGGAGAUGGUUGGAGACGCAUGAGCGAAAAACGGAAUUAAUUUACAGCAGACAAAAUGAGGCCAAAUUGCUUUUGCCCUCUACCAUUACUAUGGUCUGGCUCGAGGGAUGCAACAUUACUGACGACGCAUUCUCGGUAUGCCUACAACAAAACCUCCCCUUCCUUACGAAGCUGUUCUUAGAAGAUCUCGAAAUGAUAACCCGUCUACCGUCUGCGGAUGUCCUCGCCAACUUAAAAUCACUCCAAACUUUAAGUCUGACCGACUGCUGGGCUCUUACUUCCCUGGGUGGUAUAGGAUCCCUCCCUUGUCUCACAGAUCUCAUUCUAAGUGGAUGCCCCUGCUUGGACAGUGAAACUGCUUUCCUGUCGUCCUCGUUGCAGUCUAUCCAUUUUCAGUCUUGUGCAGUAGUAGAUGUAAUCCUAGCCAAUGCAGAUUUGCCACGUCUAUCUGAACUUUGGAUUGAUCAAUGUCACAUGCGAACAGCAUCAUUACAGUUUGGCAACCUCCGAUCUCUCCACUCCUUGAGUAUCUGGGAUUGUUCUGGCGUCUCAUCCUUGGUGGAUUUGCAGGAACUGCGCUCUCUAGAAUUUCUCUUUCUGCGGAACUGCUCAAAGCUACAAUCAGUGACGAAUUUGCCCGGGUCACUCAAGAGUUUUGUAAUACACGGAUGUCCGCUUUUAGAGGAGGGAUCCGUAAACACCGACCCGAUUUCGGGAGUGCGUAUGCUUGGCGGCAUCUCUGUAGAUGACAACUAAAGAACAUCACGCUCUGGAAUGUAGAAAAGAGAUAACUCGUGGGCAUUAGCUUCUGGAGAUGGGAAGAAGAAAGGGUUUAUUAAUGGGUGUGUAUAUCGCUAUUGUGUGGAUUGUUAAUUGGUAUUGUCAAAAAAUUAGUUUGACCAUCCACAAGAAAAAAAACCAAAAAAAAAAAAAAAAACCAAAAAAAAGGUGUGCAUGGUGUGCUUUGUGAUCAUAAGACGUAUUAUAUUUUCGCUUUUUUUAAAAAAAAUGUAUUAUGUUUUGCGCGGUGCAGAAGACUCUGUAGAUCUAGAAUUAUUGUCAUGUUAGUAUGCGAGUGUUUUAAUUUUGUUGUCGAAGACUUGGUUCAAUUAGAAAAAAAAGGAUGUGCUCGGUGUGCAUUAUGGUCAUAAAUAUGUAUUGUGUUUUCAUC